UCGACAGAUGGCACUAGUCCAUCAGUCAUCAAAUCCCUUUUAAUGUUAGUAGUUUUGUUUAGAUUAUUGAAAUAUAUUAUUAUUAAAAAUUAAAAUGGGUAGUACCGCAUCUUACGUUUUACAUCCUGACGUAACUCCCAUGGGAGAUGCUGUUCCAUCGUUUGAUCCAAAUUAUGGAUUUCCAAAUGGACGAAAGGAAAGAGUAAUGAUUGCCACUGAAAAAGAAUUAAUGGCUGGAAGAGUUGAACCAGAAUUUCGAGAUUAUUGUGCACAUUUAUUCUUAGAAUAUGAUCAGUGCAGAUAUAACAAUUUUCCAUGGGUAGUUAAGUGUGGUCGUGAAGUACACAAGUGGAAUACUUGUUCAUUCGAAGAUUAUGUUUUGCGGAUGAAAGAAUAUGAACGUGAAAGACGACUACUUGAAAGACAAAAGAGAAAGCGAGAAAAAGAAGCUGCAGCUGCUUGAAAGUCGAUUUUUCUUGUCGACAUUGGCUCAUUGAUAUUUUUAUCUGUCGUUAAUAUUAGCAAAAUACUAUUUAAUCCAACAAUUUAUUCUAAUAGUGUAAAUAUUUGAGAUAUAUAAAUAAAAGAGAUGGUCAGAUUACAA